AUGUCCUUCUUUGGCUUCGACACCAAUCUCCCUCGGGACAAACAGGACAGAGACGCUGGUCGUGGCUUCUUUGCCGGCCAGCAGGACGCCUUCGCCUUUGCCAAUCGCGACAGUGCUGACCAGGGCGAUGUCCUCAAUUUCGACGACACUUACGAUUCUCUGGCCGACAAGCUCGAUGAGGCUGGCGAUGCCUUCAACGAUGACACUUUCGGUGAUGGUGGCCGUGUAGGCAAGGACUUUGACUUCUUCGGCACCACCAACAAGGUCGCCGGUACUCUUGAAGAAGAACAGGCUCUGCACUAUGCUCGCCAGCCUCCUCCAGCUCAGCAGCGCUUCCAACACCAACAACAGCAGCCCAAGCCCUCUCGUUCUGGCUACGAAAACUACUCCAAGCCCGAGUAUAUUCCCCAGCUUGAAGCCAACGCCAGCCUCUGGGGCCUGCCUUCUAAGAAGCCUGCCCAAGAGCCUCAAUUCAAGCCUUCGACUCCCUCUAGCAGAAAGAUGAUGAGCCUUGAAGAGGUCGAGGCUUCGAUGCGCGUCCAGUCAAGACCUUUGUCUGGAGCCAUGAACAUGCCUCAGCAUCACACUCCCGUCCAGGAGCCUUUCCACGCUCCAGGAAGCAGCUUCUCUGGUGUCCAGCAGAUGCAACAACAGACUCCGCGACAGCCUUCAAGAGAGCCUCAGAUGGCUUCCCCCUUCCCUCAGCCUCAGCACAUGCCUGUCCAGCCUCCNCCAGGCAUGCAGAACCCUGGUUUGAUCGCUCAGCAGCUCCAACAGCAGAUGCCUCCUACUGGUCCUCCCUCUGGUCCCCCACCCGGCGAGUCGGGCCAUGGCCAUCGUGCCUCAUACUCUGGUCCUCCAAUUACACAGGCCAACCAGAUGAUGCAAUUGUCUGAUGAACAGCGUGCUCACUUCNNCCUUGCAGAAGAGGCCAAACGUGCCAAGCGCAACCACAAGAUUUUCUUGCUGUCCAAGGACAACGGCCUUAUGACACCUCAAGACAAGAACUUCAUCACUCGCAUUCAGCUACAGCAGCUCCUGACUGCCACUGGUGGCGUCGACGAGCAAUCUUCGGAUGCCCAGCUUGCCGAGGACUUUUACUACCAGGUCUACGCUCAAAUCCGUGGUGCCCCCAGACAACAUCCUGGCCAACCCCUGAACCAGUUUGCACAGACAUACCUUUUCCAAACCGGCGGUCGCUAUGGAGCAGGUCGCAGACAUCCUCGUGGUGGUGACAACCACAUGCAGAGAAUGGAGCAGCAGGUUCAGCGUGCUGUCGAAGCCGCUAAAGCCAGACCUAAGAAUAGACAGUUGAUUGUUGAGGGCAGUCUUGGUAAGAUUGCUUUCAGCAACUCUAAGACUCCCCGUCCUCUGUUGAGCUUCAAGCGCCCCGACAGCGAGAGCAGACCUCACAACCAAAGAGUCGCCAAGCCCAGCGUUGCAGACCGCAAGUCUACUCUUCGCAACAUCGAGAAUGUCUACGAGACCUUGAUGCAGAUGGAGGAUCACGAGCGUCACCUGCCCCCACCACCAAAUGAGGAGAGCCACCCAGAUGCUAUUCAGCGUCACAUUGAGUGGAGACAGAGAGCUCACGAGCUCAACCAGAAGCUGUGGUUCAACCUACGAGUAAUGGAACCCAUCCAGCAAAAUCCUUCAAGUCCUCAUCCAUUCAUCGCCAUCUUGUCUCAUGCUAAGGGAAAGAAGGCCAUUCCACGCGUCUUCCGUCAUAUUGACGACCAACAGCGUCUGACUAUCCUGACCAUCCUCAUCAUCCACCUCGACAUUCUCGAUGUUAUCCGCCUGGCUUACCCUCACNNCCCUGACGAGCCUCAACUGCCUCGUGCUGUCCGUGAUGAGGUCGAGCUGUUCAGCCAAGCUGUCAUUCCUACUCUGCUCGCCUACAUUGGUGACGCUCCUCUCAACAUCAUUUCCGGCCUUGUUGGUCUUGUCCUCGACCGCGUCAAUGUGCAAGCCAUUAUUCGCACCAAGAUCGGUGUCGCCAUGCUUACCAUGCUUGUGUCACGCGCCUUCCUUGUUAAGCAACAAUCAAGCGCUCAGGUGUCAGACGAGGACUGGAGUCAAUGGACCCAGCUCUACAACCGUCUAUUCGAUCUUGCCGAGCCUGUGCUCCCAUACAUUUUCACCACCGACAACGUCAACACUAGCAACGACUUUGAGAUUUGGCAGUUCUUGGCUACUAUGGGUGUUAGUGCCAGCCCAGAACAACAACAACGUCUUGUCCUUGGUGUCAAGGACAGAGUCAUGGCUACUGUUGAGAUCAGCAAGCAACUGCCUCAGGACAUGGCCGCCAGGAAACUGGGUGAGGUCAAUCUUUUCAUGAGAGCCAUUGGUCUGGAUGUCGAGUUGCUGGGUUGA